GUGAACGAUUGAAAACAAAAUGGUUCUAACGAAAGCCUACCUCAGAUAUGUACAAUCUUCCUGUUUUGGCGUUGUUUCCAGCUUGAAAGCGAAAGUUGUGUUUAUUAAGAGAAGAAUUAACACGACAAGAAAGCAGAUCGCUCUAUACGCGGUUUGUCCGGCGUUGGAGAACGUUAUAAUUUGGGAUGUUAGACGAGGAGAAAAGGUUUCUGUGCUUGCUGGGGACAAACAUGAAGUCACAGCUCUACAAGUUAGUCCUGAUCAACAAGUUUUAGCUGUUGGCUAUGAAGAUGGAUCAGUCAGGCUGUGGAAGUUACAAGAUAAUACUUGUCAAGUAACAUUCAGUGGUCACAAGUCAGCUGUGUCUGCACUGAAGUUUGAUGAUGCAGGAGGAAGACUCGUCUCAGGAUCAAGGGACACAGAUGUCAUAGUUUGGGAUACUGUCAAUGAAGCUGGUCUUUACCGUUUCAAGGGACACAAAGGACUAAUAACAGAAUGUUAUUUCAUGAAAAGUCAGAAUGUUCUGAUAACAAGUUCCAAAGAUAGUUUUGUAAAGUUUUGGGAUCUUGACACACAGCACUGUUUUCUUACACUCGUUGGUCACCGGAGUGAGGUAUGGGGUUUCACAGUUGCCCAUGAUGAAACAAGAUUAGUAACUGGGUGUGCAGACAGUGAACUUAGAGUCUGGAAAAUUAACAGCAACAGUGAGAGUGACACAGAGCAGCUGGGUGAAAGUAAUAAGAAGAAUGGAGGUAAAAGAAGUGCUGACAAGGCAGGAUUAGAUGAAGAAUCAGAUGAGAAACAAACUGAGGGAACUCAGCUUUCUUGUACACUGAUUGGCUCAAUUUUCCGUCAUAGCCAUGAAAGAGUGGUGUCAAUUAUGUCUGACUCAACACAAACAUUCCUUGGGUGCCUUGGCAAUGAUUCACAGUUGGAAUUGUUUAAAACGUUAAAUGAUGAAGAAAUACAGAAACACCUACAAAAGAAACUUAAGAGACAAAGAAAGAAAGCAAGAAAAGAAAAUGAGGACCAGAAAUCAGAAGCAGACAUUGAAGUCACAAGAACAGUGGAGGAUGAACUUCAAAGAAUACAUUCUCUAAAACUUCGUUCAAAGAUCAAAUCCUUUGACUUGUUUCAUGAUGAAAAUGCCAAUGAUUUAAAGAUCAUAUUAUUGCUUCAAAAUAAUACAAUCCAGUUGCAUUCAGUUACUGUGAAACCAGUGGAAUCCUCUUGUGUAUCAUCAGUCACACUUCCUGGUCACAGAUCAGAUAUCAGAACUCUCUGUUUCAAUGCUGAUGGUUCCUGCCUUUUGUCAGGCUCUCAAGAGUCAAUUAAAGUUUGGAACAGAUCAUCUUGUCAACCAAUAAGAACAGUAUCCACAGGGUAUGCACUAUGCUCAUUGUUUGUGCCAGGAGACAAGCAUGCCAUUAUAGGAACUAAGGCAGGGAAGCUAGAGAUCUAUGACAUAUCAUCUGGUCAAUUACUGGAGUCUGUAGAUGCUCAUGAUGGUCCAGUGUGGGGCUUAUCUUUAUCUCCUGACAAGCGUGGUUUUGCAUCUGGUAGUGGAGACUCUACAGUAAAGUUUUGGGAAUUUGAACUUGUAUCAGAUGCUGAGCACUCUCAAGUCAGUAAAAGAUUGAGCAUCACUCAUGUGCAGACCUUGAAAAUGAAGGAGGAGGUGUUAUGUGUCAAAUACAGUCCUAAUCAAAGAUUGCUGGCUGUGAGUCUUCUAGAUUGUACAGUUAAAGUGUUUUUUGCUGAUACUUUAAAGUUCUUUUUAUCUUUGUAUGGACACAAACUCCCAGUUAUGGCUUUGGACAUUUCAUCAGAUAGCAAUUUAAUCAUCACAGGAUCAGCCGAUAAGAAUAUUAAGAUUUGGGGGUUGGAUUAUGGAGAUUGUCACAAGUCCAUAUUUGGACAUGAUGACAGUAUCAUGGGUUUACAGUUCGUCCCCAAGACUCAUUAUUUUUUCUCAGUCAGUAAGGACAAGACUUUGAAAUACUGGGACGCUGAUAAGUUUGAACACAUUACAACUCUUCAGGGCCAUCAUGCGGAAGUCUGGUGCGUGGCUGUGAGUCCAGACGGCGAUUAUGUGGCAACAGGUUCUCACGACAGAUCCCUUCGGCUGUGGGAGAGAACGGAUGAACCAUUGUUUAUAGAAGAGGAACGAGAACAGGAGAGAGAGAAAGAAUACGAAGAAAGUCUUGUGCAGAACACUGAGAGAGUGAUUCCCGGAGAGGUAGACGGAGAAGCCGUCAAGGCUGGAAAAAAGACAUUAGAGACUGUGAAGGCGGCGGAAAGACUAAUGGAGGCUAUUGAUCUCUAUAAUGAAGAAACAGCUAAAAUGAAAGAACAAGGCGGUGGUCGUGAACAGGUGUCUACCAAUCCAAUUCUAAUUGCGCAUGGAAAUAUUACGCCUGCUCGUUAUGUUCUGGAGGUCGUGAAGAAGAUCCGUUCAAGUGAAUUGGAAGAGUCUCUGAUAGUCCUACCGUUCAGUGUUGCCACUGAUAUGUUGACUUUGCUUAACCACUGGCUCCAGCGCGGCUGGGAGGUCGAGCUUUCCUGUAGAUGCCUCUCAUUUCUUUUGAGGAUUCACCAUAGCCAGAUCGUAGCAAACAAGGUUCUUGUGCCGGUGAUUGAUUCCCUUCGGCAGCAUGCUAAAUCACGAGUUCAUGGUCUGAGGGACACCAUUGGUUUUAACUUGGCUGGUCUGCGUUUCAUUCAAAACGAAAUGGAAGCCAGAGAAGAGACAUUUUUUGCCGACGCGACAGAAAAGGUGAAGAAGAUUCGGAAGAAACAGAAAUCGACCUUCUUACAAGUUGUGAAAUAACUGUAUCAUGUUGCUUUUCAAAUAUUAAAAGAAUACUUUUGAAAUGAA